CCGGAAUGGCGUGCCCGGGCAAAGGUGUGUGUGCGCGCUCAGGCAUUCUCUCCUCAGCACGCAGGCGCCGCCUCCGGCAGGCGAGCGGUGAUUGGCGGGCUGGCGCACCGGGGGCGUGGAGAUUGACGUCUAGGUUUUGGGCGGGAAUUGAAACCGCCGCCACCGCUGCUCUCCAGCUCUGGAGCACCGCUACUCUGGAAACGGCACCAUGGUGCGCCCUACCAGGUGUCUGUGUCUAUGUGGGUAUAUGCAUAAAUAAAAAACCAGUCAAUUAUUCACAGUUUGAGGAUUCUGGCAGUGACUCUGAUGAUGAUUUUAUUUCUGUAUCUGUAAACAAGUCAAAAACCGUGCCAAAGGUGUUAAAGCAAGAAAAACCAAAGCCUAACUUGAAGAAUCUCCAAAAAGAAGAGGUCUUACCAACAGAACCCCCUAAAAAAAGGGUGGCUUUAGAUGACAAGGUCUUCCAGAGAGGUCUAGAAGUUGCCCUGGCUUUAUCUGUGAAGAAUCUUCCAACACUUACCAACCAAGUGAAGGAGUCUGAAGAGAAAAGCAGUGACAAACAAGGCAAAAGGAAAACAGAAAAAACGGAUAAACCUCCCCAUUUCUCUAACUGCAGUGUAGCCAGUGAUGAUGUAGAAGAUUUGAACAAGAUCACAGAAGAGGGGGAUGCCGAGGGUGUUGAAGGAGAGAGAAAAGCAGCAUCUGAAGGCGAAGCUCUGCCGAGGAGGGUACUUUCAGAGGACAGCGGUGCCAGCAGUGCUAAUGACACUGAGCCAGAGGGUGCGGCUGGUGAAGAUUCAGAAAGUGAUCCUGAUUUUGAUGAGAAUGAAGAAAGUGAUGAAGACUUUGGUGUAAGAAGAAGUAAAGAAACAAAGAAGAAAACAGUGCAGAAGAAACCCGCAGGGGAAAAGAGGGAAAAGAAAUCAAAACCCAAAUGUGAGGCAUCAGUGACUUCAGUAGACCCAGCUCCAGCUGCCAUCAAGUCAGGAUCUCCAUCCUUACCCCAGGCAAUCGGUCUUCCUUCUGAGGCCACUAGGAAACCAGCAAUAAUGUGCAGCCCCUCAGCUGAGAGCAAGAGGCCCAAGUGGGUCCCCCCAGCUGCCUCUGGGAGCAGAAACUCCAGCAGCAGCCCAUUGGCAGGAAUACCCGCCAAGUCCCCAAGUCAGAGUCUGCGGCUGGGCCUCUCCCGAUUAGCGCCAGUUAAGCGUUUGCAUCCAAGUGCCACAAGCAGCCAAGUGCGGUAGCAGGAGAGGACCCCUGGGCCCCUCGGGACUGCAAAGCGGGUUGUCAACAUUCAGCUUCAACAUGAAAGAACUUUUAAUGGACCACAUGAAGGACCAUGUCUGUGUAUGAUUCUGGUCUCAUCAACGCCUUUUCUGUCCUUCAGCAAAGGGUUCUGGGACCUUCCCUUGUGCCACUUCUGAAGAUUGUGUUGUGUUUUCUUAUGUUUCAUAAGUCACUGUCACAUGGGCUGUGCAGCACAUCUGUAGUCACAUGUCUCCCAGCUCUGUGUGGCAAGGGGACAUCCUGGGUUUCUUCAGG